AAUGAAUUCUUCUCUCUCUUGCAUUUUCUCACCUUUUCUCUCUCUUUCGAAGUCCAAAUCUCAGGGAUCAUUGCAGAAGUUUGUUAUUCUUCCAUUGAUUCAAGCGCAAAAGUCGUGUGAGUUCAGUUGUAUGUGCUCACUAACAAGUAAGUCUUAAAGCUCACGCAACCAGGGCUAACGCUUUUCGCGGCACGAUCGGAUCGAGAUUCGCUGAGUUUUAUAUUUGGAUAGUGGAGAACUGGCUUGAUUGUGUGAUUAGGCAAGAAGCCGUGAUUGUAGUUGUCCCGGAUUUUUAUUAAGCCGAUUCAAUUCGGUUUAAGUAAGGCCUCGGAAGGGCAAUCAGACAGUUACGGAGUUGAUAUUGGCCGGAGGUCUUGUUAGAUCGACAAGAUGGCUGCGGCUUUGGCCGGUGAUGAUUUAGCUAGAUCUAUGAGCAGUCGAGGGAGUUGGAACUCCGGGAGCAAACGGAGUUGGGCGUCGGCGAGCUUAAGGGAAGCUUGGACGCCUCCGCCGGACGUGUUCAGUAGGAGCGGUAGACAGGAGAACGAUGACGAGGACGAGCUACGGUGGGCCGCCAUCGAACGGCUACCGACUUAUGAUCGGCUGAGGAAGGGGAUGCUGUCGCAAGUUCUUGAGAACGGAAGAAUCGCUCAUCAUGAAGUGGAUGUGACGAAACUUGGUAUGCAAGAUAAGAAGCAAUUGAUGGAGAGUAUGCUCAAAGUUGUUGAGGAUGAUAAUGAAAGGUUCCUUAGGAGACUGAGGGACAGGACUGAUAGAGUCGGAAUUGAGAUUCCAAAAAUUGAGGUCAGGUUCGAGCAUCUAUCGGUACAGGGCGAAGUGCGUGUAGGGAGCAGAGCACUUCCUACUUUGUUUAACGCCGCUGUGAACGCAGCGGAGUCUGUUCUUGGAGCCAUUCAUCUAGCCCCUUCCAAGAAAAGAAAAAUUCAGAUUCUUCGAGAUAUUAGUGGCGUGAUCAAACCGUCAAGGAUGACCCUUCUUCUUGGUCCUCCGGGGUCCGGUAAAACAACAUUUUUGAUGGCACUUGCAGGGAAACUUGAGAAGGACCUAAAGUCAUCUGGGAAAAUCACAUACUGCGGUCAUGAACUGAAUGAGUUUUUUCCGCAAAGGACCUGUGCUUAUAUUAGUCAACAUGAUCUUCAUUAUGGAGAGAUGACAGUGAGAGAGACACUGGAUUUCUCAGGGCGUUGCUUAGGUGUUGGGACAAGAUAUGAAAUGUUGGCUGAACUCUCGAGACGUGAAAAAGAGGCAGGAAUCAAGCCAGAUCCAGAGAUUGAUGCAUUUAUGAAGAACACAUCAAUGGCAGGCCAGGAAACCAGUUUGGUUACAGAUUAUGUUCUCAAGAUAUUGGGGCUGGAUAUUUGUGCGGAUAUUAUGGUUGGCAAUGAAAUGAGAAGAGGUAUAUCUGGUGGACAAAAGAAGCGUGUGACAACUGGAGAGAUGUUGGUUGGGCCAGCAAAGGCUCUUUUUAUGGAUGAAAUAUCAACAGGACUGGACAGUUCCACCACUUUCCAGAUUUGCAAAUUCAUGAAGCAAAUGGUUCAUAUAAUGGAUGUAACAAUGGUUGUCUCUCUUCUCCAGCCAGCACCAGAGACUUAUGAUCUUUUUGAUGACAUUAUCCUACUUUCAGAAGGCCAAAUUGUUUACCAAGGUCCGAGAGAGAAUGUCCUCGAGUUCUUUGAAUACAUGGGUUUCAAGUGCCCUGAAAGAAAAGGAGUUGCUGACUUUCUACAAGAGGUAACUUCUAAGAAGGAUCAGGAACAAUAUUGGUACAAGAAGAACCAGACAUAUAGAUACAUUUCGGUUCCUGACUUUGUGCAAGGCUUCCAGUCGUUCCACAUUGGCCAACAGCUUGCAUCAGAUCUGAGGGUUCCUUAUGAUAAAUCCAGAGCCCAUCCAGCAGCAUUAGUGAAGGAUAAGUUUGGCAUUACCAAUUGGGAAUUACUCAAGGCAUGCUUUGAUAGAGAGUGGCUGCUAAUGAAACGCAAUAGUUUUGUGUACAUAUUCAAGACUACCCAGAUUACAAUCAUGUCAUUAAUUUGUAUGACAGUUUUCUUCAGGACAGAAAUGACAGUAGGCACAUUUGAAGGUGGUGGCAAAUAUCUUGGAGCACUCUUUUUCAGUUUGAUUAAUGUCAUGUUCAAUGGCAUGGCAGAACUUGCAAUGACUGUCUUCAGGCUCCCCGUUUUCUAUAAACAGAGGGAUUCCUUGUUCUAUCCUUCUUGGGCAUUUGCCUUACCUAUAUGGGUCCUUAGGAUCCCUUUAUCCUUCAUGGAAUCAGCUAUUUGGAUCAUUCUUACAUACUACACAAUUGGUUUUGCUCCAAGUGCUAGCAGGUUUUUCCGACAAUAUUUGGCAUUCUUAGGUAUACAUCAGAUGGCUCUGGGGCUUUUUCGGUUCAUUGCCGCUCUUGGAAGAACAGCAGUCGUUGCCAACACGCUGGGUUCCUUUGCUUUGCUGAUUGUUUUUGUGCUUGGAGGAUUCAUUGUUUCCAAAGAUGACAUCAAGCCAUGGAUGAUAUGGGGCUUCUAUAGUUCUCCUAUGAUGUAUGGACAGAAUGCCAUACUCAUAAACGAAUUUCUUGAUGACAGAUGGAGCGGACCCAAUCUAGACCCAAGAAUUAACGCACCUACAGUCGGGCAAGCGCUUCUCAAGAGUAGGGGCUUCUUUACGAAGAACUAUUGGUAUUGGAUUUGCAUUGGAGCACUAUUCGCCUUCUCUGUAAUCUUCAACUUGUUAUUUAUUGCGGCAUUGACUUUCUUGAAUCCUUUGGGAGACUCUAAACAUGUUGUCCCGGAUGAGGAUGAGGGCCAGAAGAAAAGGAAGUCAUCCACAGAAGGUACUGCAAUGGUGGUCAGAAAUUCUUCAGAAGUGGUUGAAGCAUCAGAGCAUGGACCCAAAAAAGGAAUGGUCUUACCCUUCCAGCCCCUUUCACUUGCAUUCAAUCAUGUGAACUACUAUGUGGAUAUGCCUGCUGAAAUGAAGGCCCAAGGAGUUGAUGAAGACCGACUUCAAUUGCUACGAGAUGUUAGUGGUGCUUUCAGACCAGGGAUACUGACAGCAUUAGUUGGCGUUAGUGGUGCUGGGAAGACAACCCUGAUGGAUGUGUUAGCAGGAAGGAAGACUGGUGGCUAUAUUGAAGGAAGCAUAAACAUCUCUGGCUACCCAAAGAAACAAGAAACAUUUGCUCGUGUGAGCGGCUACUGUGAACAGAAUGACAUUCAUUCACCACAUGUUACAGUUUAUGAAUCUGUCUUGUACUCAGCAUGGCUUCGUCUUUCUAAAGACAUAAGCCGGGAAAAGCGAAAAAUGUUUGUCGAUGAGGUGAUGGACUUGAUUGAGCUCAAUCCAUUGAGGGAUGCUAUCGUUGGCCUUCCAGGAGUAGAUGGUCUUUCAACGGAGCAAAGGAAGAGGCUGACAAUAGCAGUAGAGUUAGUUGCUAACCCAUCAAUCAUCUUUAUGGAUGAGCCGACAUCUGGCCUUGAUGCCAGAGCUGCUGCUAUUGUUAUGCGCACAGUGAGAAAUACUGUGGAUACAGGUAGAACUGUCGUGUGCACAAUUCACCAGCCGAGCAUAGACAUUUUUGAGGCUUUCGAUGAGCUGUUAUUAAUGAAAAGAGGAGGGCAAGUCAUAUAUGCUGGACCACUUGGACGUCGUUCUCACAAGCUUGUAGAAUACUUUGAGGCUGUCCCAGGGGUUCCUAAGAUCAAGGAAGGAUACAAUCCUGCGACAUGGAUGCUUGACGUCACAGCUACGUCAGUUGAGGGUCAACUUAAUGUGGAUUUCGCCGAAAUUUUUGCAAACUCAUCACUUUAUCAGAGGAAUCAGGAGCUUAUCAAAGAGCUCAGUACUCCACCACCGGGCUCCAAGGAUCUAUACUUCCCAACUCAAUACUCCCAACCUUUUCCCGUUCAGUUGAGAGCCUGCUUCUGGAAACAGUGGAAUUCUUAUUGGAAGAACCCUCAAUAUAAUGCCAUCCGAUUUUUCAUGACAAUUUGCAUUGGUUUUAUAUUUGGUCUUAUCUUUUGGGACAAAGGAAAAAACAUAACAAGACAACAAGAUUUAUUAAAUAUAUUGGGAGCCAUGUAUUCCGCAGUCCUUUUUCUUGGAGCAGGCAAUGCAAAUUCUGUGCAGUCUGUUGUCGCUAUUGAAAGGACAGUUUUCUACCGUGAAAGAGCAGCUGGGAUGUAUUCUCCACUUCCAUAUGCAUUUGCUCAGGUGGCAAUAGAGGGAAUCUAUGUUUUUAUUCAGACUAUUAUUUAUGGCGUUAUCCUUUAUGCCAUGAUUGGAUUUGGGUGGCAAGUGGAAAGAUUCGUGUGGUUCUACUACUGCAUAUUUAUGUGUUUCAUGACCUUCACAUUGUACGGCAUGAUGGUUGUUGCUCUAACUCCAGGCGCCCAAAUUGCUGCCAUAGUUAUGUCCUUCCUACUGAGUUUCUGGAAUUUGUUCUCUGGUUUUCUCGUUCCUCGGACGCAAAUACCUAUUUGGUGGAGGUGGUACUAUUGGGGCUCACCCGUGGCUUGGACACUCUACGGCCUUGUCACAUCUCAGGUGGGAAAAAGAGACGUUAUGAUUGAAGUGCCUGGUUCGGGUAAUGUGGCCAUGAAGCAGUUCCUUAAAGAUAGCUGGGGAUUUGACUAUGAUUUCCUCCCGGUAGUUGCCGUUGUUGAUGCUUGCUUUGUGUUGGCGUUCUUCCUUGUCUUUGUCUAUGGCAUUAGGUUCCUCAAUUUCCAAAGGAGAUAAGACUUGCAGCUUCAAUCUAAACAUGUUGGUAUUUGUAUUUGAUUUGUAGGUCAAUAGAAAGUCACUUAUUGUAUUUAUCAGUUGAGGAUUCAGGGGAACAAGUUCACCUCCUUUUGGCUUUUAUUUUGCUCGUUUUCUUUUGUCAUCUGCAUUAUUUUUUUUAAUAUAGAAACAAGGGGAUGCUGUGUGGUUUGUACACAAAUUACUCUGUAAUUUCUUAGAAUAAACUCUCAUUUUAUGUUUUUGGCA